CCUCUCUUCCCUCCGGCGAACGUUCACUGUGCUUAGGGUAGAGCAGGCGCAUCAACUCUCUUCUUCAUCUGCAUCGCCAAGCUACCCUUUGCUCAGCCGAUUCCCUUGCUAUUGGGUUCACCUGCAAGUAAUCCUCGCGCGCUGAUCUCUUCUCGCUAUCAGAAGGUCCUUUCUUAGGUUCUUCUCCACUGAUUAUCUUCUCUUGUCGUUCUUUGUUUACUCGGUAAUGUUGAACUUGAGCUCUUGGGGAUCUUAGUUAAUGGUUGCCUGUGGGUGGGAAAGUUGCUCUUUUUUUGUCUUCUUGUUGUAGUGUUUUAGGGCUUUGUUUCUGAGGUGAUGGUUCUUGGUGUUAGGGAUUCUUGGUGAUCUAUUUUCUCCCUUGUGAUCGGCAGUUUUGAUGGAUAUACAUUGUUUCUUUAAUUCUUUCAGGUGUCAGUUAAACUUCGAAUUGUAGAGCAAGUUUUCCUUUUAAUUCUGUCUAUUGUUGGUUCAGGAUAGAUUCUAAACAUGAGCCGUGUCUUUCAAGAGAAGAAUGUAAGUGAUCAAUAUAAUUGUCCGGAUAGAUGGGUGAAAUUAUUUCAUCUGCUGUAUGAUUUUAGAUGAGAAUGAUGGUGGAUUUAAGGUCAAGGUGAGCGUCAUAAAGAAAACGUGUAAAUGUUAACCACAGAGUAAACACCUUGACUCUCCCAACCACACGCGAUCUGCUUGUCAAGUAUGCACUGAGGAUGGCAAUCACUUCCUACUCUAGGAAGAAUAUGAAACAUAGAAAAGGGGGAAAAACUUUGUCCCAAGAAACAAAGGUAGCAGUGAUCAAAGAACCUGGGCCACCUUAUACAACUGGAGAAAAUCUUAUUACAAAUGCAAGAAAAAUGGUCCUGUUAGAUAAGCUGUUGCCUAAACUGAAGGAACGAGAUUCCAGAGUUCUAAUAUUUUCACAGAUGACUAGACUUCUGGACAUACUGGAAGAUUACUUGCUAUAUCGUGGUUACCAAUAUUGCCGGAUUGAUGGGAAUACUGAGGGAGAAGAACGGGAUGCUUCCAUUGAAACAUUUAAUCAACUUGGAAGCCAAAAGUUCAUUUUCUUACUUUCUACAAGAGCUGGUGGAUUGGGAAUUAAUCUUGCUACAGCAGAUGUUGUCAUUCUCUAUGAUAGUGACUGGAAUCCACAAGUUGAUUUGCAAGCACAGGAUCGUGCUCAUAGAAUUGGGCAAAAGAAAGAAGUUCAAGUGUUCCGUUUCUGUACUGAGUUUGCAAUUGAGGAGAAAGUGAUAGAGAGAGCAUACAAGAAGCUUGCACUUGAUGCCUUGGUUAUUCAACAAGGACGAUUAGCAGAACAGAAAACUGUUAAUAAAGAUGAACUUCUACAAAUGAUUAGAUUUGGUGCUGAAAUGGUUUUUAGCUCCAAGGAUAGUACAAUAACUGAUGAGGAUAUCGAUCGUAUCAUAGCUAAAGGAGAAGAAGUGACUGCUGAACUUGAUGUGAAAAUGAAAAAGUUUACCGAGGAUGCGAUAAAGUUUAAGAUGGAUGACAGUAUGCUGAUUCCUUUUUGAUAGCAAUUCCUAGAUAUUUCCUUGGAUGACUUAUGUAAUUUCUGUUUUUUGUUACAGCUGCUGACUUGU